GAAGCCUAAGAGGGUUUUAUAAAUAAGCAUCAUCCAGUGAGUCUUGCGACUGGUAUACAGAGAGAACCAGUUUACAGAGGAGUAUAGAGUGCAGUGAUGUGUCCUAUAAGGAGCAUUGGUGGCAAAUCUGAUGGCCGAAUGGUAAAGAACAUCUAACCGCUCGAGAGCACCCUUACCUGCCGAUCUAUAAAUUGUCUCCGUAAUCUAGCAUGGGUAGGAUGGUCAUCUGAAUCAGGCUUAGUUUGGCAGCUGGGGUGAAAGAGGAGCGAUUUACGAUAGAGGAAACCAAGUCUAGAUUUAACUUUACCCUGCAGCUUUGAUAUGUGCUGAGAGAAGGACAGUGUACCGUCUAGCCAUAGUCCCAAGUACUUGAAUGAGGUGACUACCUCAAGCUGUAAACUCUCAGAGGUAGUAAUAACACCUGUGAGGAAGCACAGAGGCUAGGAAAAACUUGCUAGCCAUUUAGUAAAUUCAAUUUACUUCAGUUUGCCAACGUGGAUGGUAAAUUAGGUGCAUUUUUGAAAACUACAGGAAAUGGGACUCCAACCUGUCCUGUAAAAUGGCUGUUUUAUAGCCUGGUUUUUAGCAAACAUUAGAACAAGUACUGAGUAAGCUAAUGUUAGUUUUUGGGGGAACAUGUGUCUUUGGUUACUGUUAUGUAACUUCUAUUGACGCUUCUUGUCUGCCCCAGGUUUGUCAACAUGUCGUCUCAUCUGCAGUGGAUGGUCAUUAGGAACUGCUCCAGCUUCCUCAUCAAGAGGAAUGGACAGACCUACAGUACCGAGCCCAACAACCUGAAGUCCAAGAACUCUUUCCGUUUCAACGGCCUAGUGCACAGAAAGACUGUUGGUGUUCAGCCUGCAGCUGAUGGCAAGGGUGUGGUUAUCGUGCUGAAGAAGCGCGCAGGCCAGCGCAAGCCUGCCACUUCAUAUGAGAAGAUCACCAUCAACAAGAACUCCCGCGCCACUCUGAGCAGCCUGAGGCACAUCAUCCGCAAGAACAACUACAGGAAGGACCUGCGCAUGGCUGUGAUGCGUCGUGCCAGCGCCAUCCUGAUGAGCCAGAAGCCUGUGGUGGUAAAGAAAAGGCGUUCCAAGGCUGCCAAAACCGCAUAAAUAGUUGAAAAAUUACGACAAAUAAAAACAUUUUUUGAAAAACA